GGACGUUCGGGCACACGGGCACCAGUGCCGCAGUGACAGCGCUCCACCAGCAUUUGCACGGCGCAAAUCCGCACCGCACCGCAGAGAGCGCAUCGCGACCAGGUUAAAUGGUCCGCCUUGGCGCAUCCUGAAUCCAUCAGACUGCGCGUUGCCCAACGGCCGAGAAAAGUCACCGAAAGGAUACCAGCGGCUUGUGAACCCGGAAGGCAAGCGACCAGCGCUCGCAGCUCAUUCGUACACGAACGAUACAUAUCCAGAAUCAAUCCUUAUACAGGAUAGAGCGCAAUAUUUAAUUUCGAUGUGAUCAAACCACACAAUUUAAACUUAAACUUUUAACCUUCCCCAAGAAACCACCGUUCACUUCUUGGUUCUACUCAAUCUACAACCAUCUUAAUAAUAAUUUAUUUAAAUAAUAAAAAAUGUGAAAUCCUCAGUGUUCUUAUGCCCCGUCAGCAAUAAGUUAAUUUACCAUCAUCAUAUUGAUGGUCCUGACAUCUUCAUUGGUAAAAUGAAUGUGUUUCCGAAAUAAUUAUAUUAAUUAAGUGUGCGGAAUUAAAACAGACACCGAGAUUAAAAGUGGAAAGUGGAGCAACAGCAGAGCUUGACGGUGUGGCAAGGACGAAUCAAGGAUAAACGGAUAACAGCCUUGAAAAGUGGGUGUGCUAACACGCAUGCAUAUCUUGCUCGUUUAUGUCAAAAUGUUGCGGAAGAAUUUUGGUCGCCUCCACCAUGUUUAAUUAAUUGCGAAUGUUUUUGGGAUUAGUUUCAAGGAGUGCAAUUUGCAACGUCUGGACUACAAAUGAAUCAAUAUAAUUGAUUUUGAAAGGAACCAGCGACUGGACAGAUCGCAAGGAUCAUCAAGGAUGAAUGUAUAUUAUAAAUAUUUCAUCGCUGUUACAGUUGUAUUGAUGACGUUAUUCGCGUUCGGUGACUUGUCGCGUUGUAAACGAAGCAAUUCCCGCCAGAUCUUCUGCUACGAAUGCGACAGCUGGAGCGAUCCACGCUGCAAGGACCCCUUCAACUAUACCCUGCUACCCAAGGAUCAGCCACCGCUGACGACAUGCAACGGGUGCUGUGUUAAGAUGGUACGACAUGCUCGGACACCUUACGAAGUGGUGCGACGCACCUGCACGUCGCAACUACAGAUCAACCUCUUUAUGGUCGAUCACGUGUGCAUGAUGGAAAGUAGCGGCACUGGUCACAUGUGCUUCUGUGAGGAGGACAUGUGCAAUAGAUCACCCAAACAAUCGAUUCCGCCAACGGCGGCAGUCGUCUUCCUUCCCGUCCUUCUAACUGUGCUCGCAUCCCAAUCGCUGCUGGCCGGUGGGCGACGUUUGCUUGACCGAUGAUACACUGGCGCCCUCUGGCCACGCUUCCACCUCCAACCUUAAAUUUCGUUUGUUUAAAUAGAAAAAUUGAUUGGCAAAAUUUGGCCGGUGGUUUUAUACGAUUUGGACUGGAUGUUUCGACAAACGAUACCAACCCACUUUUGCCCAUCUUUCUAUUAGACCUGAUUUAGUUAUUUGCAUUUCUUGGAUGAUUGAUUUGGUGAUUUAUUCGUAUUGAAUAUGCUGGCGUGAUCUAUAUGAUAUAUACGUAUUGAUAGAUGACUUAUGCAACCAUGCAAGCAAGCACUACUGUAGGCUGCAGUGCGGCGAAUAAUUUUGACUUUUGAUGCGCGGUUUGAUAUUCUGCAUGUGCAUAAUUAAAUACCAUUGACGCCUGUGGUAUUAUAAACGUUUAACAGGCAAAUAUAUAAAAUUUACAUCAAGUAAAUUCAAUAACAGCUGAAAAACAAACAUUUAUAAUACCCUGGCAUUACACUCGUAGCUUUUAGUUUAAUUUUAGUAGAACUAGUUUAAAUUACACGUGAGAAAAUGUUUUGAGCGUGUCAAUGAAUUGCAUGUGAAAAGAAUUAAAACUCUCAGUAUAUUUUCUCACGAUACACAAUUUGUUAAGAUUUUCACAUCGUUCACAUUUGUAAAUAUAUAAUUUGAAGUAGGCAACCAAGUUGACAUAACCGAACACAUUGAAAUUGUCAUGAUACCAAACACACUCGAAUAAUCAGAGAAACAAUGAGCUUACACACAUUGAUCGCUUCAAGUAGAUUAUAUAUAGUUAAUUAAUUAAGAGUGGCAAGCUAUUAAAAUUAAAAUGCUAUUGAUAGCG